GCAAAACCAUCCUUCCAUUAAGUUAGAGAGCUAGCUACUGGUAGCAGCUAACCAUUUGAGAGUGGUGGUGUACACCAACUAAGCACAUCGAUCGAUCGAUCUCACUGAGUUUGUAGAGCAUGGAGAAGCUCUCCAUGGCCACGGCCAUCUUCUGCGCCGUGGCGGUCGCCGUUCUUGCGGCGGCGGUUGGCGGCGAGGCUGCCGUUGUAGAGCACACCUUCGUUGUGCACGAGAUGAACCAGACGCACCUGUGCAACACGACCAAGAUCUACGUGGUCAACGGGCAGCUCCCUGGCCCCACGAUCGACGUCACCGACGGCGACACGGUGGUGGUCCACGUGAAGAACCACCUCCCACACGGCCUCACCAUCCACUGGCACGGUGUCCGCCAGAUCAUGAGCUGCUGGUCUGACGGGGCAGGCUUCGUCACCGAGUGCCCCAUCCCUCCAGGCGGCGAGCACACGUACCGCUUCAACGUCACUGGCCAGGUCGGCACGCUCUGGUGGCACGCCCAUGUCACUUGCCUCCGCGCUACCGUGGCUGGCGCGCUCGUGAUCCGCCCUAAAGGCAACAAGUACCCGUUCCCGACUCCCGCCAAGGAUGUCCCCAUCAUCAUUGGCGAGUGGUGGGAGCUCGACCUAGUCGAGCUCGACCGUCGGAUGCAUGACGGAAACUUCGAUGACAACCCGCUGUCUGCCACCAUCAACGGUAAGCUGGGUGACCUCAGCAACUGCUCGGGUGUCCCCGAGGAGAGCUUCGUCCUAGACGUGGCCCGUGGUGAGACCUACCUGCUCCGGAUCAUCAACACUGCACUCUUUUCCGAGUACUACUUCAAGGUGGCAGGGCACACUCUGACGGUAGUCGGUGCCGACGGCAACUACCUAACCCCAUACAAGACCGACAUGGUCACCGUUGCUCCGGGGGAAGCCAUUGACGUCCUCAUGGUCGCCGAUGCCAAGCCAGCACACUACCACAUGGUGGCACUUGCCAACCAGCCACCGGAACCCGACCCUCAAAUCCCAGGGUUCGUCUCUCGGGGCCUUGUCCGCUAUGCCGGAGUUCCCAACAACAACAACGGCAUGCCGGUGCCGACACCCCUCAUGCCCAACCAGCACAACACCAUGCCAUCCUUCUACUUCCACAACAACCUCACCGGGCUUGCCCACCCGGACCGACAUCGUGUCCCCAUGCACGUCGACGAGCGCCUCUUCGUGACGCUCGGCCUCGGCUCCAUCUGCAGGAACGGAAGCAAGACGUCAUGCAAGCGCCGGAGAAGCAACGAAACAAUCGUGGUGGCCACCAUGAACAACGUCUCGUUCCACCACCCAACCAAGGCGUCCCUCUUGGAGAGCUACUACGAUGGGAAGCCCAACAAGACCCUCUACACGGAGGACUUCCCGGACAACCCGCCGCACCCUUACAACUACACGGACAGGGCACUGAUCCCCCCGGGCCCACUCGAAGAGGCCCUGGAGCCGACCUUCAAGUCGACCAAGCUCCGUCGAUUCAAGUACAAUGCCUCGAUCGAGAUCGUGUUCCAGAGCACGGCGCUACUGCAGAGCGACUCCAACCCGAUGCACCUCCAUGGGUACGACUUCUUCGUGCUGGCCCAAGGGAUCGGCAACUUCAACCCGAGGACGGACCCCAAGAAGUUCAACUACCAUAACCCGCAGCUGAGGAACACGGUGCAGGUGCCUAGGACAGGGUGGGCUGCCGUGAGAUUCAUCGCCGAUAACCCUGGCGUCUGGUACCUCCACUGCCACUUUGAGUUCCACAUCAUCAUGGGGAUGGCAACGGCCUUCAUCGUGGAGAACGGGCCUACCCCAGAGACAAGCCUGCCACCGCCGCCGCCAGAAUUCAAGAGGUGUGGUGCCAAUGGCCUCACUCGGCCAUAGUUUAGUCCAUGGAGCUUCUACCAUGGAUGAGGUAUAUAUUAAUAUAUAUAUACGGUCCUAUAUAUUGGUACAGAUGGACGGAAUGGGUCUGGAAGUUUUAUUAUUCGCAGUAGCCGUACAAAUAAGGUUCGAUAAAGAUGAGGGGAAUUGUGUUGGUACUUAGUUCCUUCAUUGCAUUUGGUGACGGAUGAUUCUUACUGUAAAAGGUGUAUUCUUAUUUAUUUAUUUUUCGUUGUAAUUUAUCAAGAUGUUAGUCUUCCCCUUCUUCGUGUGUGUGUGUGUGUGUGUGUGUGCGUGUCAAAUUAACUGUAAGUUUGUCCAUCGAAUUUCGAUUUACGAACAAAUAAAUAAACAGAGGAAAUUACAGAGAA